UUUCCUCUUCAUUCUACAAAUCCAAAAGUACAAAACUUCCCAAAACUCUCUCCAUUCCUCAAACCCCCCACACCUUUUUCCUCAAAAAUAUGUCUUCCAAAACAAACUCAUUUGCACUAUUUUGCCUUGUUACAAUAUGUGUUUUUUCUUUUACAAGUGUAGAAUCAGCAUCUCACUCAGCCCCUGCACCUGCAGUAGACUGUAACAACCUAGUACUAAACUUGGCUGACUGUUUAUCUUUUGUAACAAAUGGAAGUACAGAAAAGAAACCAGAAGGUACUUGCUGUUCAGGCCUGAAAAUGGUGUUGAAAACUGAUGCAGAGUGUCUUUGUGAAGGUUUUAAGAAUAGUGCUCAGUUGGGUGUUGUUCUUAAUGUUACUAAAGCUAUGGCUCUUCCUGCUGCCUGCCAUGUCUCUGCUCCUUCUGUUAGUAACUGUGGAUUGAGUCCUGACAGUGGAGCGGCUCCUGGUCUUUCUCCAAUUGCUGGAUCACCAACCAUGUCGGCAGGUGCUCCAACCACCGCUGAGGGUGUGAAUGAGGCUGCUCCAGUGCCAUCUCCAGGAAGCUCCGACUCUACUACACUUGCUCUAUCCGUUGGGCAAUUGGUUCUCACCGCAGUCGUUGCACUUUUCUGUUCGUUCUAAGCACAUUUUAGUAACACGUUUUGCGUUAGAGCAGCACAGAUUUGUUGUGAUGUUUUGUCAUUGAACUUUGCUAGUUGGGUGUACUCUAAUUCUAUAGUAGAGGUAGGUCAAUUUGUGAGACCAGCGUAAAUAGGGAUGCCACUGCAGUGUCACUUGUUUUCCUAUGAGGUUCUUAUUUGGAUGAUAUCUCUUUUCAAUGUUUACUUCUCGCUCCAUUUAAAUAUAAAUUGGUUUUCGUUUA